GCGGGAGCUUGGGAGGAGGAGCCGUGAGAAGCUGGCUGCUUUUGGAGCUGCUGGCUGCCUGUGGCUCAGGUGACCAGAGGCCCUCUAGGAGCCUGCAGACCCUCCCAGAGCCUGGCAACCCAGCAGGCCGAGCAGCAAUGAUCCAGAAUGUGGGAAACCACUUGCGAAGGGGCUUUGCCUCUAUGUUCUCUAGUCGUGCAUCCCGGAAAUCCAUCUCACAUCCAGAGCAAGGAGACGCCAUGACAGAGGGUGAGGAGUACCGGAACCCUACGGAGGUGCAGAUGAGCCAGCUGGUGCUGCCCUGCCACACUAACCACCGUGGGGAACUGAGCAUCGGACAGCUGCUCAAAUGGAUCGACACCACAGCCUGCCUGUCAGCGGAGAGGCAUGCUGGCUGCCCCUGUGUCACAGCUUCCAUGGAUGACAUCUACUUUGACCAUACCAUUAGUGUUGGUCAAGUGGUGAAUAUCAAGGCCAAGGUGAACCGGGCCUUCAACUCCAGCAUGGAGGUGGGCAUCCAGGUGGUCUCUGAGGACCUGUGUUCCGAGAAGCAGUGGAGUGUGUGCAAGGCCUUGGCCACCUUUGUGGCCCACCGGGAGCUCUCCAAGGUGAAGCUGAAGCAGGUCAUACCAUUGACAGAGGAGGAGAAGACGGAGCACGGGGUGGCAGCUGAGCGCCGGCGCAUGAGGCUGGUCUACGCAGACACCAUCAAGGACCUCCUGGCCCACUGUGUCAUCCAGGAUGAUCUGGACAAGGACAGCAGCAAUAUGGUGCCAGCAGAGAAGACCCGAGUGGAGAGUGUGGAACUGGUGUUGCCUCCUCAUGCCAAUCAUCAGGGCAAUACCUUUGGGGGCCAGAUCAUGGCCUGGAUGGAGAAUGUGGCCACCAUUGCAGCCAGCCGUCUUUGUCAUGCCCACCCUACACUCAAGGCCAUUGAGAUGUUCCAUUUCCGAGGCCCAUCACAGGUGGGGGACCGUCUGGUGUUCAAGGCCAUCGUGAAUAACGCCUUCAAGCAUAGCAUGGAGGUGGGCGUCUGUGUGGAGGCUUAUCGCCAGGAGGCUGAGACCCAGCGACGGCACAUCAACAGUGCCUUCAUGACCUUUGUGGUCCUGGACAAAGAUGACCAGCCUCAGAAGCUUCCCUGGAUUCGUCCCCAGCCUGGGGAGGGUGAGCGUCGAUACCGAGAGGCCAGUGCCAGGAAGAAAAUCCGCCUGGACAGGAAAUACCUUGUGUCCUGUAAGCAGGCAGAAGUGGCCCUGUCUGUCCCCUGGGACCCUAGCAACCAGGUAUACCUGAGCUAUUAUAAUGUAUCCUCUCUGAAGACGCUUAUGGCCAAGGACAACUGGGUGCUGUCUGUGGAGAUCGAUGAGGUCCGCCUGUACAUCCUGGAGGAGGAGUUCCUGUCCUUUCACCUGGAAAUGGUGGUGCACGUGGACGCUGCCCAGGUCUUUACACUGCUCUCCGACCUGCUCCGGAGGCCAGAGUGGGACAAGCAUUACCGGAGUGUGGAGCUGGUACAGCGGGUAGAUGAAGAUGAUGCUAUCUACCAUGUCAUCAGCCCUGCCUUGAGUGGUAAUACCAAGCCCCAAGAUUUUGUGAUCCUGGCCUCCAGGCGGAAGCCUUGUGACAAUGGGGACCCCUAUGUCAUCGCACUGAGGUCAGUCACACUGCCCACGCACCGUGAGACGCCAGAAUAUCAACGAGGGGAGACUCUCUGCUCAGGCUUCUGUCUGUGGCGUGAGGGGGACCAGCUGACUAAGGUUUCUUACUACAACCAGGCCACCCCUGGCUUUCUCAACUAUGUGACCACCAACGUGGCAGGCCUGUCCACGGAAUUCUACAAUACGUUCAAGGCUUGUGAGAGUUUCCUGUUGGACAACCGGAAUGACCUGGCCCCCAGCCUGCAGACCCUCUAGGGGCCACCCCACCCUGCCCCAGGUCUUACACGGUGCGUGGAGCAAAGCAGAGGCAUUUAUUCACCUUGACUCCCCAGGGAAGCCUUCCACAUUAGAUGCUCCAGUCCUACUGGGCAGUCAGUUCCUGCUCACAUCUGCCAGCAAGUCUUCUCGGUACUCCUGGGGUAUCCUAUAAUAGACUCGGGUCCUGUCCAUAGCCCUGGCCACCCACAACCCAGCCCAUGCAUCUGCAUAGCUGUUCCCAGCAACGCUGUGGUGCACUGUGACAGUGGCUCGAGGAGAGGCUGCCAGCAGCCUGGCCACAGCUUUGGCUGUACUCCGGCCCAGUGGCCCAGCCUGCAGCUGGAAGGACACAGGUUGCCAGAGCCCCUGACAUAGCUCCAGCAUAUCUGUGACCAUCUGCUCCUGAUAGCCACUGCCCAACACCUCUUCAGGCCAGCCUGGUGCCACAGUCACAUGGGGGAAAACCUCAGCCACAGCUGUAAGCAACUCUCUGCCAGCCACAUGGCCAGGGACCACAAAAUUACCAUGUGAGAUUGUAGCCCCCACCCACACAGGCCAGGGCAGAUGGCCAAGGGUGGAGAGGUGUGCCAGCGUGGCCAGGGAUGGCCGGAGAGCUGCGGGUUCCACUAUGUUCACAUGGAUGCCCCAGCGCCUGGGGUGAACAGCCAGCUGCAGCAGAAAUGACUCCAGGGUCAUAACAGGACCACCUGGGGCACGCAGGAUGGGCACAGGGUUUCCAGCUUCAGGUUGUUGGAGGCCGACAUCCAGCAGAAUCAUGCCUUCUCUGUCUGGAAGAGGCAACAGUGUUUGGAGUACCUGUUAUUAUGGGGUGUCAGUGUCUCUUGGUAAAGGGGCAGUGGAGGUCAUGGGGACAGACAAGGAGAAACUGGUACCAGCCAUUCUUGAAUCUGCCAGCCCCAUCUCAGGCUCCAAAUACUGUGACUGGUGACUCUCAGGCAGAUAUGACAAAUUGCUGGCUCAGUUCUUGGCCUUCCUAGUGACUCAGAGCUGGGUCACCACCCAGUCUUCUAGUCAGGGUGGCUGAGGACUCAAGGCUGCUGGUCCAAGGCCAGGAGCUCCUGCUCUCGACAUGAUUCCUCCCACUCUGUAUUCAGUGUGUGGCUUAUCAUGUUGCCAUGGUAACAGAGAACCAAGUUAUCCACCCAAGCAAAUGACAGACCUGUGGGUUAGCCAGGAGCUUUAGGGCUGCAGGCAGACUCACCAGGGACAGUAAUGGCUGCUGUUCUCCCACUGCCAUUCACUUCUGGAACCAGCCACUCCACCUCUAGACCAUCACCCCUGGGCUGCUGGAGAAGAGGGAUCAGGCUGCCACCUGUGUAGUAGGUUCGCUUCCGGGUGCUGUUCACUGUGGGACCCAAAAUUGCCAAGGUGAAAGGACCACUAUCCAUGGUUACGCCCUGGCUCUUCUGCAUCCUAAAUCCUGUAGCUGUCAGUAGUUCCCUCUUGGAUAGAUUAAAAGUUGUGGUCUCAAGGUCUGACAACCAGUCAACAGUUUACUGGGCCAAAAACCAAAUGGAGCUAGAGUUGGAGGACCCCAAAGCUGGUCUCCUCUGCUUCCCAGACAUGAUUCCUUCAAUAGGAGUGGUACCCGAUGUGACCCCUUGUGAUGGCUUAAGUGUAGGCGCUCCUAGACUCAGGGUCAAGAGAACAAGGGGUUUGCAUGGUGGCAUCUGGCUCAUGAAUUAGUGGGCACAGAAGAGGGCUGUGCUCUGAAAUACUAGUGCCAUCAAAGAUGAGUGGCUGUGGAAACAAGGGGAGGUUGAAUUGCUUGGUUCUGAUCAAGCUUGUAUAAAUUAUUUGUAGUUUUGGACCUCCCUUUCUCUCUCUGUGAACCAGACUCCUGUUUUGUGGAUAGGUGAAGCUUGGAUAGCAUACUAUCCCAGGGGCAGAACACAAGAUCUCAGAAUGGUUCCUGUCUCCCGUUCCACCUAGAAGUUUCCCCUACUUCUGCUCCCAUGCCCAACCAAGGCUGUCCUGAGCAGACCCAGCCUACACCUCCCCUUAUAGGCACCCUUCCUACAGGCCAGCUGCUUGAACUGCGACAAGACAGGCUCAAAGAGGUCAUAGUAGAUUUGGUGGGUGGCACUGUUGUCCCGGAUGAAGAGGAGAUCGUCUACCGACACGGGGUCCGAGGCACCCUGCCACAGUGUCAGGCUGUACCUGGGACCAGAGAGCUGACUCAGUGCCCACCUGGGCCCAGAAAGACCCUCAGCUCUACUCCUAUGCUCAGAACUGAAUGCCAGCUGAGCCCAGGAGUGGCACAUCUGUCCUCCAGCUUCCCACUGGCCUCUCCUCUUGAGCACCCACCUUCCAGGGGAUGACGGAAAGCAGGAGUUCAGGGGGUGGGAGGAUGUACGCACUAUUUCUGAGUUACCCACCAAUGGAAGCUGUGAACAGCUUGUCACCAGAGGGGUACAAGCCAGAGGUAGGGCAUUGUAGAAGGUUGUUAGGCCACUGGGGCCAGGGCAAGAUGAUCUUUAGGACCCCUUCCACCAUGUUCUUCUUGGAUCAGAGCCCAGGAUAAGUUUGGAACCAGCAGAGGGGGCUUCACCUCUCAGAUUGGCCCAGGAGCCAGCUGAAGUGGGGCCAAGCGGCCCGUGCCAUGGAAGCCCGGACUGGGAAGGUGAUCCUCUGGGGCAGCGCCCCCACCAGCUCCUGCAUUUUCUCCACCAUGGCUUGGGUAUAUGUGCUGUUUGGCAGCUGAGGCACAUACAGAGUGGUAAAGCCGGGGGAAAUGGUGACUUCUGGAUACUUCUCCUGGACAAGUGCCAGGAACCUGCAGAGAACAGAGAGAUCCACCUCUGCAGACCACUCCCGUCCCCUCAUGUAGGUUCUUGUCUCAGGGAUGCGGGGCAGCCAGGCUUGCCGAGUUCUACUUGGAGGAGGUUGGCAACACAGCUCUAAAGAACGACAGUCGUUUGCACAUGCUCCUGCUGAUACUACCACCCUGUGCAGUCAGAGAGGUCUGGGCUCAAGUCCCUAUCUGCCUCUGGUGGUCACUUCAGCCUUCGAUUCUCAAAGAGACAGUGACAGUCUGCCAGGGCAGGCAGGGCCUUUUAAACAUCCCCAUGUGGACCAAGGGAGUUGAGUGAGACUUGUAAGGUGUGUAGAUCUGCAAGCUGCCAGCUGGCUUUGAGUCUCCAAAGUUUCAGAUUAUUCUUAUUAUUUUUUAAAUAUAUGAGCCAAGCUUGAUGGCGCAUGCCUGUAAUCUCAGCACUUGGGAGGUGGUGGCAGGAGGAUCAGGACUUCCUUCAUCCCCAGCUACAUAGUGAGUGCAGGGCUAGCCUGGGCUAUAUGAAACUGUCUCAAAGCAAUACAUCAAAAAGAAUUAUUUGAAUUUUGUUCUGAUGCGGAUUUAUAUAGGAAAGUUGUCACCUAUCGCCCAGCCUCCAGAGGAACCUGAGGAGAGAAGCUUUUGUUUGUCUUGGGCCUUAAACUACAUUUUAAAAAUUGUAUUCUUCAACUGUAUCUCAUUUUGAGAAUCACAGUAAAUAUUGGCUGGGUGGCUGGGCGGAUGGAGGGAGAGGUGCCUGCAGACCACAAAGCUUGGGAGGGAGAGGCCUGUGGGAACUUUUGCUCUGCCAUUUGUAGACUUAGGCCGUUUGACCACUCAAAGAUAGUUUCUAUACUUACAAAAUGAAGAUGACUAGUUGCUACCUCAUUCUCCUAAGAGUUCAGCUGUAUUCUGCAAGUAAAGUGCUUGAAACAGUGCCUGGGGCACAAUAAACAUGCAACAACA